AUGAAUGGCACGUGCAUCACAUUAAAUGGUUCUCCAACCGACACAACUACCUUCCUACGCCCUAAAUUGGCGGGAACAUUUUAUUUACAACAACCAGGAUUUGAACCAUGUCCAUCAACAGUAACAUGUGGAGAAAGAGAAGAAUAUCCAUUUAGUAGUAUAUCUGAAGCACUAAGAGAAACAGCAAAAUAUGCAAAUGAAAAGAGAGUAUUUAUGUUUGGCAAGGGAGAGUAUACGGGUGCCGACAAUUUCGAUCAUCACAUCAAUGGAGGAGAUGUAGAAUUUAUCAAUCCAACCUUUGACGUUCGUACAGUGAUUAUUGAAUGUUCAUCAGUCUAUCCACCAGUGUUUACCGUGACCAAUGCAUCGUUUGUUUUGCGUGACAUUACCAUCAAGUAUUGUGGAGGAGCCUUUGCCCCAGUAGUCUUUGAAAACUCUGUUGGUACACUUACCAACGUCCAAUUUGACUAUACCACCGGUAGUCUUGCCACAUCUGUCUAUGUAGGUCAGAAAAGUUCGGUACAAGUGAUUGGUGGUCGUUACAAUGCCGGUAUCUAUCCAACUCGUCCUUUCAUCCGUACAAGUGGUCACUCAGAACUUGAUAUCCUCCAACUCAACAGUAGUAUGUUGGACAUGUCAGUUACCAACUAUCUCCAACUCGAACAACCAAUGGUCAUUUGUCAAGACUCUCGUGUCACUGUAGACUCUUCAUCGUUUGCUCGUUACUCUUGUCAAUCUGGAUGUAGUGUCAUUGCCACUAGCACAGGUACCAAUAUUUGUCCCAUCUAUUACAGUGUACCAGAACCAAUAUUCAAGUAUGAAGGUGUUGGAUCUACCUAUCAAUGCAUAGAUACCAAAUGUGGUGAUCAGAAAUGUGAUCCAUAUGAAGUAUUUUUCUGUAGUACUGAUUGUCCCAACACCAUCUUUGAAGGAUUGACACCUGGUUUCUAUACCGAGACCUUUUUCUCUACCAAUUGUCGUGCCUCUAUCGAAAUUAUUGGUGAACCAGUCAUCAGCGACUUUUUAAACGCCUAUCCCGAAGGUUAUGCCACUCUCUUUGCCUACUUUAGAGUUCCAUCAUCCAAGGUCUACCAAUUCACAGCAGAAUCCAACGAUAUUGAAGCCGUCAUUGAAAUUGACAAUGCUCAAGUCUAUCAUAGUUCCGAAGAAUCCUCCAAUGGUUCACCUGCAACCUUUGAACGUUUUAUUGAAGGUCCAGUCGUCCAUAGUAUCAAAAUUACCCUAUUUACUAAACCAUUUAGUAAUUUACGUUCAUUUUCUUUAAAAUCUGAUAAAUCUAUUAAUUAUUUUUAUUCAAAAAAUAAAUGUGGAGAUGGUAUUAAAGAUAAUGGAGAAGUAUGUGUUUAUGAUGAAAAAGGAUGGACAUCACAAGCAUCAUGUGGUGAUGGUAUUUGUAAUGAAGUUAAUUUUGAAUCAUGUUUUGUAGAUUGUCAUGCACAAUUUACUACAACAUGUAGUGCUACCAAUGUACCAGAUAAUCAUUUGUCACCAGGAUACACCAUCAAUGAUGACACUUUGGGAGAUAUGAUUUCAAAUCAACAAAUCUGGCAUUUACCAGGUUCUGAACAUUUGUCAUCUGGUUUUGAUAUUGUAAAGGGUGAGGAAGGUGCUCUUCCAAUCUUUUAUUUCGACUAUUGCACCAAAGAAGAAAAGAACCUCUUACAAGAUGUCUAUCGUCAAUCCAUCUAUGAAUUACCAGAAGAAUUGACUGGUGGUGUUCAUCCAAAAUGUACUUUUGAUACAAGUCAACAAACUCAUUCAAGUAUUUCUCAAUUUAGAACUGAAAAGUCUCAAAGUACAAGCUUUAAUAUUGAUGGUAGUGCAGGAGGAGGAUGGGGAGGAUAUAGUGCACAAGUUGCAGCAUCUUAUUCAAAGGAUAGAUCAGUUAAUCAAGCCAUGUCAUUAUCGACUAGUGCAGAGUCGACAGUCAUUUCAACCAGUCUUAUUUGUACAACAUCAUCUGUAGAGAUGGUUAAAUAUACAUUCCAUCCAUCGUUUUUAAAGGAAUUGGCAUCGGUUAAAUUCUCUCGUGACAUGUAUGAAGUAGUCAAACGAUAUGGUACUCACUUUUAUCAGACUGCUGUGCUUGGAGGUUCGUUGAAACAAUUGACAGUGAUUGAUAAACAAACCUAUCAAUCUGAAUCAUCUACCUCGUGGCAAGAAAGUUCACAGCGAUCAUUCUCUGCAUCUGCAUCUGCUCCCGUCAUGCAAGCAAGUGGUCGUUAUGCCGACACGUCUGAUUACACUGUAUCUGGUGAACGUCAAGAAUCAAUGGAAUCAAAGUCAUCUAGAUCAAGCGUCGAGGUGCUCGGAGGAGAACCAGGAUCCUAUUCACCAGACUCUCCCAACCAAGGAAACAUGUUACAAUCUUGGGCCAAGAGUUUGGACUUCCUUCCCGUGCCAGUAGAAUACAAACUCAGUCCCAUUAGAGAUAUUCUACCAGACGAUUGGAAGAAUGCCGAUGGUAACAGUAUCAAGGAUCUAUGGAUGCAAGGUGAGACCCAGUACUAUGAAGAGAAUGCAUUCUUUGGUGCCGUUGGUGUGUCUGGAGCCAUCUUUAUCACCAUUACACCAGAGAUGCCCACCGAGCAAUUUACCACUCCCCAAGUCGACCCUGCCGCCUAUGUUAAUGUCCAUUGGAAGAAUGCCAAGGGUGAGCUUGUUACUACCCGUGUCGACCUCGAGGGAAUCAUGACCACCACCACCAAAGAUGCCAUUCCCAUGAUGAUCGAUUUCAGUCAGAGCGAACAGGCCCCCGACAUUUAUCAAUGGAGUAAAAAGGCCUUUACCAACAAAACCGCUGUCUGGAACUCCCCCAUCCCCAAACAACAUUAUCAUCCAAGCAUCUACACCUCUCGUAUGCCAUGGCGUGUCAACUUUAACCUCGCCAGCAAAGACAACUUUUUCGAAUCCACUCAAAAGCCAACCAUCACCCACAAACUGCCCACCCUCCCAACCACCAAACGAUUCGAAUUCCACUUUGUCGAUUUCAAGGGAAGUCGUGGAUUCAAAGUUGACAAUACACAAAAUGUUGUCACUUCUCAAUAUAUUGACUUUUAUCUUACUAGUUUUGGUCAUUACUGGAGUGACUAUCCAUCGUAUCUCGUCAGACCCGGUAUAACAAGAUGCAAGUCUGAUUCUGAUUCUAUUGCCCAGGUUAUGGAAUGUCUCUACAAGACCACCAAGAAAUACGAUACCUUUACCAUGUAUCGUGGAGCUGUUAACGCUGCCAACCCACACAUCUCUGUUCAAUACGAUUACAAUGCCGUCAAGACAAGAACCAUCGAUUGGUGGUCCAAGGAAUUCAAGGCCUACACUGGAGCCAACAAAAACACCCUUGCCUUUACAGCACAAGAUUACUAUGGCUCUCAGUUUAGACUUGCCUGGGUCAUGGUCUUUGAAUCUUCAUCCUCUUGGUUGAGACCAAUCGUUGGUUAUACCGCCCCUAGAUCCAUGUCUUCAUUCAUCACCCCUCGUCUUUUUGCAAAUGCAACCAAUGCAAACACUGCCAUUCCCUUGCCAUCUGUUAAAUUACAACCUCUUCGUCAAUUGAAUGAUUUUGAUUUCUUUACUACAAAUUAUGGAAUAUUGGCUGUUAUAUUUGUUGUAGAUGCAGCCGAUAGAGAAAGAGGCAAAGAAUCAAUUAAUGAAUGCGAUCAAUGA